UGUAAACUUACGUGAUUGAUUAGAGAGUACCCGACUAGUCUCAAAAAUGGCAACAACAUUUCAUUUUGUGGCGGAAACGCCUCCCGAUUCAAUGUUUUCCGAGAUCCAGACGUUGAAUAAAUUCAAUAAUGAGCAAUUCAAUGAGGUUGUGUCGAUUGUCUUGACUUUUCUCUUGGAACCAGAUAAGUCCAACCAGUUGAUAGGCCAGCUGGAUGAUUUUGCCAGGGAGGAGGGGGUCAGUGUGGCCCCACUGAGGAACAUCGUGCGUAGCCUCAUCACGAUCCUCAACAAUGCAGUGAAGAGAAAUAUGACCCCAGCCCAGCUGAAAGAAGAUAUGGUUAAUCUUGGAUUAUCUGAGGAGAGAGCAACUCAUCUUUCUAAUCAGUGGAAGUCCAAUCUGAUAGGCUUGUCAAGGACAGCCGUGGGUCAGACACUGAUGAUCAACCAGCUGGUGGACAUGGAGUGGAAAUUUGGAGUGACCGCAGCUAGCAGUGAGCUCCAACAAGUUGGUAGUACUUUUCUCCAGAUGAAACUGGUAGUCAACAAAGGAAACAAGACAGAAAAUGUAUAUAUGGAGCUUUCCUUGCCGCAGUUUUACUCAUUCCUGCACGAGAUGGAAAAGGCAAAACUUAGCCUAGAGUACUUCAGCUAGUAUCUGAAGCUGCUGGGUAUUGUAUGUAAUCAUCCUAGUCCAAACCAUCGCAUGCCGUCAGAUCCCUAAUUAUUUUCAUACAUUUGAACUUAACUUUCAGUGCAAGUCAGUUCUGGUGACUUGUUCAUCAAGAAAGUAGUCUAGAGGCUAGACGUUGUUAACCGGCCACUGCUCGAGGGUGCUUUCACGACCAACCAAUAUCGCCCACGAACCCGUCAGAACAACGUCUAGAUCACUUGCUAUUUGUUGUGUUAUUCGCGCACACCGGUUUGGCCUAAUGUAUGCAAUUCAUAGUAGUUCCGAAGCAAAUUUCUUCCAGUAGGUUUAGAGCUGCAGCAAGACUUUUGUGCAAUUUCACUGGUCAACUCUUUUGUUGUGUGUAGUAUGUGUGGGACUGAAAAUGGACCGUAAUUGCCUGCAGAAGUCGCGCAUGCGCACUAGUUUCCCCCAUUUUUCAGGGGGAGAUUUUUAGCAAGUGAUCUAGACGUUGUUCUGACGGGUUCGCGAGCGAUAUUGGUUGGUCGUGACAGCGCCCUCGCGCGGCGGCCGAUUAUCACGGCGGCGCGGCGGGCUAUCACGUACAAACAAUAAAAACGUCUAGCCUCUUAGACUACAAGAAAGUUGAAAUUGUGUUGUGGACAACACCUUAUACUGAGAGUAUUUCUAAUUUAAUGGAAUGUCUUGUUUGUGAUCUGAUUUGAAUCAUUUUGCAUCGCAUACAGUUAUAAAAGAUUCCUGCAACAGCUCUGUGUAUCGUGCUAUGGUUGUUGUAAGAUCAGUUUUAGUCAGUUUACUCUCAGAAAAGGUUGCAGUGCAGGUGGUACGUUUUUGCAAAAGUGAGAAAUGACUCUUGGGUGGAUGACGAAGGGAUUCAGUUACUAAAUAGAUAUAUUCAAACUAUGUUAGCGAAAGAAUUGUGUGUUUUUUUGGCAAAUGGUAUUUGACCUUUUGGGCUGGUUAGUCAUGAUUGUCACAGAGUGACGUGAAUUUGCUAUUGUGAAGUCAGAUUAUGCCAAAAUGUUCUAUGAGCAUUUGCUAUGAGAGGAUAGAAUUUACAUGACUAUUCUUGUCACAUUUUCAGAAAUUCAAAUGAUAAUUC